GACUGCUGCUAUCACACACGAUUUUUGUCUGCCAUCGUGGACAACGCCAUUUGUCGUCAUGGACGAUCACUUGCGAAUUUACCAUGUCGCUGCCGCUGCCGAGGGACUUUUUCACGUGCCCGCCGCUCUCGCCGGGCGAUCAUGGAACCCUCUUGGCGCAGGCCGAGCGCCUCUGCCACGACACGGUGCUCAACGCGGUCACCAUGGCGCGGGCGCCGCCGACCAAAGUCCUCGUCAACGCUUUUACGAAGCGGCGUGCGCAGUUGCACGCGGGCACUGACAUUUACGCGCCCGAGCACUAUGGCAUCACGGGGUCGUCGCAGAUCAAGGCGUCGUACGACGAGUUGUAUGAUUUUUUUCAUUUAAACUCGGACGACAAAGUCCGCACGUACGGCAAAGUCCUUGGCCAAGCCGUUGUGGACCGGCAGACGUUGUACAACUUGUCGGCGCCCGGAGCGACGACCUCGCCCAUGCAUGCCGGCGUCCAAUGGAGUGUGAUUGCGUGUCCGUUCAUCUCGUCGGCGAUCACGCUCAAGCGCGAUUCGUGCUUUCUCGAGGUGCUCGACACGAUUACCUUUGACGACAAGGCCACCGGCCGACGUCGCCGCGGCUUUGUGCGCGCAAUCCACUCGAUCGCACUGGACUGCUGCCCGUCGCUGCGCCAGUCGCAUAGCAUUGUGCGGUCCAGCUUUGUCCGGUCGGGGCACGUCUUUCUCGAGACCAGCGUCCCUGGACUCUUUGACCACUACUUUGCUUACGUCAUUGGCGACCCGGGGUUGACUCCGAAAUUCUUCAACCUCAAAGUGUGUGAGCGCAUGGUGGGCCAGAUGCUCAACCUCGAGCCCCAUUUGGCGCUGAAACGGCUCCCGGCCUUAUUACUAGGGGGCGCUUCCCGGCCGUCGUACCGGUCCGGCGCCCGCAUCACAUACUGCGAGUCGUGCGACACCAAAUUCCAGUUUCUCCGAAGCAAGCACCAUUGCUAUCACUGCCGCCAGAUAGUUUGUCGGCGCUGCAUUCAAGCGUACAAGGUCCCCGUGCUCGACGACGAGACCGCGCCGGUCGUUCGGCUAUGUACCUACUGCUUUUGCGGCAACACGCCCCAGCGCUCGAUGCGAGGGGGACGUGCCCCGCCCACCAUGUUUGCAAUGGUCCCGCGCCACGACAGCGUUGACGAGGAUGCGCGCUGGACCAAUAGCCGCCCGGUACUCGAGCGCGACGGGUCGUCGUCGGAAGCUUCGUUUGUCACUGCGUCGUACAGCGCAGCAUCGCCUCGCAUUCUCUUGGAUCUCGGCGACAGUUUUAUUGCGAGUAGCACCGCUAGCACCGUCCACCUCUACCACCAAUGACAAUAUAAUAGAACUCUAGAUGGAAAAAUUGUGUUCACUCACUCGUAG